AUGCUUCCUACUGUUCCACCAACUGAAGUGCGCACCGUAGCCUACAAUACCUCGGCGCUUUCCGCUUACUCCAAAUUCGUCCGUUUGACUCCCCAGCAGAUUGCUAUCUUGAAUAACAUUAACAUCAAACCCAUCAAUUCGAAGGACCCAUUUUGGAUGUACAAAGGAGGAUUUGACGAAAAGAUGAAUGAGACAGAAGCCUUACUGAUCCUCGAAAUACAGCCCAGUGAGAUACUUCAUCUUACACAUGAUAUUGUCAAGAAACGGCAUAGGAAGAUGAUGCUGCUCAAUCAUCCCGAUAGAGGCGGCUCGGAGUAUCUAGCACUGAAAAUCAACCGUGCCAAGGAAGUGCUGGAGCAGAGCUACAUGUUUACCAACUCCAAAGACUAG